CAAACGCAAAUCAAAAUCUGUUCAGCCAAACCUCUCUUCUCCUUCUCUUCGUUCCUCAAGUAAAUCAACCAGGUGGGAAAAAAAUUCGUCAACAAUGGCCGACGUCGACAUGUCCUCUGCUCCCGCUCAGCGAUCUAACCUCCGAUACGGUAUGAACAAGGGCCGACCCACCACCGUCAUCCCCAAGACUGCCAGGCCUUCCAACAAGAAGGGUCUCAAGACCGAGAAGAAGACCUUUGUCAGGUCUGUCAUCCGAGAGGUUGCCGGAUUCUCUCCUUACGAGAAGCGAGUCAUGGAGUUGUUGAGGAACUCCAAGGACAAGAAGGCCAAGAAGCUCACCAAGAAGAGGCUCGGUACUCUCCUCCGAUCCAAGAGGAAGAUUGAAGAGCUCUCUGCCGUCAUUGUCGAGCAGCGUCGUGCCGGCCACUAGGCGUCUUGGUCCCCAAAAACGAGAUUUUGCUUGGUGUAAGCCGGGGGGAGGGGAGCGUUGCAUUUCGUUCUGGGAGUUUGUACCACUCGACUGGAUGGAUGCAGCCGUUGAUCAUUCAUGCGAUUCCCGGG